CAGUCUUAGGACAGAUUAGAAAAGGCUGAGGAGGAGCACACACAGAAUACACACAUAUACACAGACAUCACACCUUCAUACACACACAUCAGCUGGACUGUUCAGAAUCCAGUGCAUCAAGUUUCCUACAAGAGCACACCAUGGGAGUGGACCUGGAGAGGAUUAUUCAGUACAUCAAACAAGGAGACCAAAAAAGUGUUCAAACACAACUGGACCGCUACAACACUGAGAACUCUCAGUGUUUCUUCUUCAAUGUGGAGGCAAGGGAGAGGAGGAAGCAACGUGAGCUGGAGGAGUUCCGCAGGAAUAAAGUGAGAGAGUAUAUUCCAGACUCUGAUUCAGACUUAGGCUCAGAUGAUGAUGAGGAUUCGGAUCUGGUGUUGAGGAGGCGUCUGGCCUCAGCCCUGAUGUGGUUUAUCCGGACGCAGCUGCAGCCUGGUGUUCUAAGGGUGUGUUUGCGGACCCUCCGAAUCCUGUCACGUGACCGCCUGGCACUGGCCCCCUUCAUCACAGACUCUGCCAUCCUCACCCUUGCCCGCCUGGGUGGCAUCAGCACCAUGCCCAUUCCUGGCCAUGAGGAAGAGGACUGGAUGGAGGAGAAAGAUCCGUGGGGCUUUGCCUGUGGCUCCACCAGCUCUCAAUCUGGAUCCAAGGCCUUCUCUACAGACACACACAACCAAAUGCGAGAGGUCAUCAUAGAGACUCGACGCAGGUCCUACAGGGAUGAUGGUAUAUACAGUUCGUUGGUCAGAGGAAAGAGGGAUGCCAGAGGAGAGAGGGACGAGGAGGGGGAUGAGUGGUAUGACGAUGGAGAGGUGUGGAGGAAAGAGGCCAUGAAGGCUCUCUGUAAUGUCAUUUACAACAGCCAGAGGGCGCAGGAGAGGGCCGGCCCCCUAAAGCUUCUCCCAGGCCUCUGUGAUAAGCUCAAGGCCAGUAUCCGCUCUGCAGCACCACCCAGCGGUCAGUUCUAUGACCUGCGGCUCCUGUUUCUGCUGACUGCUCUCCGCCUCGAGCUCAGGAAAGAGCUCCAGCAGGCUCGUGGUGUGUCCUUGCUGACAGUUCUCCUGGAGCAGUGUUUGGAGGUGCAGUGGGCAGAGGACUACGAGGUGGUCUCUGACCCCUCAGCUCCCCCUAUCAUCCGGGACGCCUCCCAGCGUGCCAUCGAGAUCCUGAAGAUCCUCUUCAACAUCACCUACAGCACCCACAGACAGGAGCCCGACGAGGAGGAUGCUGCUCUAUAUCGCCACCUGGCUGCGGUGCUGCGCCACUGCCUGCUGUUGUCCUGUGAAGAUGAAGACUUGGUAGAAGAACUACAGGGCCACACAGUGAACCUGCUGUCAGCCCUUCCUCUGCAGUGCCUGGACGUCCUUCUCUCUGUCCGUCUGUUCAACGGAUCAAAGGAGUCAGGCGGCGUCAACAUGGACUGUGUCCACUCGCUGCUGAUGUUCAUGGACAAGAGACUAAACAGAGGUCAGAAGCUGAAGGAGAAGCUGACUCCAGUGCUGAACUUUCUGACUGAGAGCUGCAGGGCACACAGAGAAACUCGACGCUACCUCAAACAACAGAUCCUGCCACCUCUUAGGGAGGUGGAACUGAGGCCAGAGCAGGGGGACACUAUAAGGAACAAGCUGGUCAGACUGAUGACUCACGUGGACACUGACCUCAAACACUGCGCAGCUGAACUUCUGUUUGUGCUCUGCAAGGAAAACGUGGGGAGGUUUGUGAAGUACACAGGUUACGGCAAUGCGGCCGGACUGCUGGCAGCGAGGGGUCUGCUGAGUGGACGUGGACCCUCGUCUAAGCCACAGUACUCCAGUGACUCUGACUCGGACACAGAGGAGUACCGACAGGCCAGAGACAAAAUCAACCUGGUGACCGGCCGGGUGGAGGAACAGCAGCCUGACCCCAUGGAGGGAAUGACCGAGGAGGAGAAGGAGAGGGAGGCGAUGAGGCUCAUGAGCCUGUUCAGCCGGCUCUCCAGGGAUAAGAUCAUCCAGCCGAUGGGGAUGUUAUCCAACGGCCGGUUGGCGCCCCUGUGUGGCCAUCAGAGGUUCAGCUGUAUGGAGGAGGAAGAGGAGGAGGAGGAGGGGGAGGUAGACUUUGAGGAUGAACUGGAUUAGUACCGGAGGCAGAGCGAGAGAGAGUUUUGGAUGGGUAGAGAAAAAGAUUGAUAGUUGAAGGAGGGAAAAGCAGCUGAAGAGAGAAAGGAAAGGGAGGGAGGGCUAUCACUGUAAAACAGAGAGCCCUGAAUACAGAGAAAAUAUUACAGGAAUAUAUAAAAUGCUUGGAGAGGCAGAUUUAUGAAAUAACAUUUAGUGAUGUAAGUUCUGUAGGCAUGUGUGUGUGUAUGUGUGUGUACAUGUGUGAAGGAAAUAUUUUAUAAUUUUAGAGAGAGAAAGAGAGAGAGAGAGAGAGAGAGAGAGAGAGAGAGAGAGAGAGCAGGAGAUGCAGCAAAAGGGAAAGAGCUAGAGAGAAAACAACUGAGAGUGACAAUAAGAAUGAGAAACAGUCAGAGAGAGAGAGAGAAAAAAAGGGAGAGAAAUAGAGAUGUGGAGAGAGAGAGAGCAGAAGAUGGAGCAAAAGGCAAAGAGCUGGAGAGAAAGCAACUGAGCAAGUGACAGGGAGAGUGAGCAACAGGCAGAGAGAAAGGGGGAUGCUGAAUGAGAAUAAAAUGAAAAGAAAGAAUCUGAGAGUGAUAGAGAGUAAACAAGCAAUAAGGAUUCAGUGGAUGGAGGGAGAACGAUAGAAAAGAAGAGUAAUACAAAAUGAGAUAAUGGAAAAGCAGCAGCAGAGUAAGAGAGAGCAAAAGAGUGACACAGAGAGAGAAUAGGACCCUGAAAAGAAGAGAGUGCACGAGAGCUUGAGAGAGAAAGAGAUACAGAAGAGAGGUAGAAGAAUAAGAUAAGGAGAAAACAAGUAACACGGUUAGAGGAAAAUUAAGAGCUUGAGAGAGACAGAGAGGAGUAAUGAAUAGAUAGAGACAACAUAGAAGGAACACGAGGGGUGGAGAAGGUCAGAGAGAGAGAAUGAGAUAUAGAAAAAAAGAAGGGUUAUCCUGGAUGAAUGAAAAGAAUUAACGAGGAAAAAGCAGAGUGAGAGAGACUAAAGUAGUGUAAGAGAGAGAGAAGCUGGAAGGAAGAGCAAAAUAGUGACAGCGGUAGAGAGAUAGAAAUGGAGGGGGGAUGGAUGGCGAGAGGAGAAAAGUGGUGGAGAAAAAGAGAAAAUAAGAGAGAUAUAGAAAAGAAAAAGAAGCAUCAUACUGGAUGGGUGAAAAGAAAUAAAAAGAAGCAAAGUGAGAUAGAGAGUAGAGGAGAGAAGGAGAGAUAGAGAGAGAGAGAGAGAGAGUGAGAUAAGAUAAGUGGAAAAUAAGCACAAAAUAAUGACAGACAGACAGAGGCAGAGAGAUAGAAAUGGAGGGGGGAUGGAUGGCGAGAGAGCAUGGAAAAACACGCAACAGGGACAGAAAGGGAAAAGAAAGGAGGUUGGAGAGAAGAAAAGAGUAAGAAUUAUAUAAAUAGUGUGACACAGAAUGAAUAAAAACAAAUAAGAGAGGAAGAAGCAGAGCGAGGGAGAGAGAGAGAGACAGCUAAAUAGUGACAGACAGAAAGAAAAAAAGAGGGGGGAUGGACCGGGAUAGAGACAGAGAGGGAGAACAAGCAACACAGAGAGAGAGAUGGAAGAGAAAAGGAGUGGAGAAAGAAAAGGAAAGAGAGAAAAUGAGAUAAGGAGAGUGAUACAGAAUGAAGAAAAAGAUGAGAGAGAAAGAGAGAACAAAAUAGUGACAGAGAAAGAGAAAAAGAGGGGGAUGGAUCGAGAUAGAGAGGGGAAAAUACAGGGAGUGUGGGAUGAGGAGUGAUAGAGAGGGAUACAGAAUAAAUGAAUGAAAAGAAAUAAAAAAAGGAAGAGGCAGAGAGAGAGAGUAAAGGAGUGACAUGAAGAGAGAGAGAGAGAGAGAGAGAGAGAGAGAGAGAGAGAGAGAGAGACAGCCAUCAGCACAGAUAGACAAACACACUUAGAAAACGCCGGCAGUGUUGCCAUGGCUGCGUUGCUAUGGUAACUACAGGAAACGUAGUUCUACAGAUUUGAGGGAUUUUUUCGUCCCGCCUCCCGAGAGCGGAGUGUUUACCUCACAGAGAAGAGCUGAGGUUCAGAUCUGCUGCUGAACGCUGUAAUGCAAGAAUAUUACCAGCUAAAUAAAAAUUAUUUCAUUUCCCCUCUU